CCUGCCCCUCUGCCGGGGCGCUCCUCGGCGACCAGGAAACGGGAAAGAUGGCGACUGCUCGGCAACGUUGAGGCCGCGUUAGGCGGUUCAGACCCGGGGUGAUGGCAGGAGAGCUGGCUGACAAAAAGGACCGAGACUCAUCACCUUCCAAGGAGGAAAGGAAGCGAUCACGGACUCCUGACAGAGAGCGGGAUAGAGACCGGGACCGGAAGUCCUCCCCACCUAAAGAUAGGAAACGGCAUCGGUCAAGGGAUAGACGGCGGGGAGGCAGCCGCUCUCGCUCCCGUUCCCGUUCCAAGUCUACAGAGAGAGAACGACGGCACAAAGAACGAGAACGCGAUAAGGAGCGGGAUCGGAAUAAGAAGGACCGAGACAGGGACAAGGAUGGGCACCGACGCGACAAGGACCGCAAGCGGUCCAGUUUAUCUCCUGGUCGAGGAAAAGAUUUUAAAUCUCGAAAGGACAGAGACUCUAAGAAGGACGAAGAUGAUGAACAUGAUAAGAAGCCGAAGGCCCAGCCCCUAUCCUUGGAGGAGCUACUGGCCAAGAAGAAGGCUGAGGAGGAGGCUGAGGCAAAGCCCAAGUUCCUCUCCAAAGCGGAGCGGGAGGCUGAAGCUUUGAAGCGGCGGCAGCAGGAGGUGGAAGAGCGGCAGAAGGUGCUUGAGGAGGAGAGGAAGAAACGGAAGCAGUUCCAAGACUUGGGCAGGAAGAUGCUGGAAGACCCUCAAGAACGUGAGCGUCGGGAACGCAGGGAGAGGAUGGAGCGGGAGACCAACGGAAAUGAGGACGAGGAAGGGCGGCAGAAGAUCCGGGAAGAGAAGGAUAAAAGCAAGGAACUGCAUGCUAUUAAGGAGCGUUACCUGGGCGGUAUCAAAAAGCGACGCCGAACGAGGCAUCUCAACGACCGAAAGUUUGUCUUUGAGUGGGAUGCGUCGGAAGACACGUCCAUCGACUACAACCCUCUGUACAAAGAACGGCACCAGGUGCAGUUGUUGGGGCGAGGCUUCAUUGCAGGCAUUGACCUGAAGCAGCAGAAGCGAGAGCAAUCGCGUUUCUAUGGAGACCUAAUGGAGAAGAGGAGAACUUUGGAAGAAAAGGAGCAGGAGGAGGCAAGACUUCGAAAACUUCGUAAGAAGGAAGCCAAGCAGCGCUGGGAUGACCGUCACUGGUCCCAGAAGAAGUUAGAUGAGAUGACGGACAGGGACUGGCGGAUCUUCCGUGAGGACUACAGUAUCACCACCAAGGGCGGCAAGAUCCCCAACCCCAUCCGGUCCUGGAAGGACUCUUCUCUGCCUCCGCACAUCUUGGAGGUCAUUGAUAAGUGUGGCUACAAGGAGCCAACACCCAUCCAGCGCCAGGCGAUUCCCAUUGGACUACAGAAUCGUGACAUCAUUGGUGUCGCUGAGACGGGCAGUGGCAAGACGGCAGCCUUCCUUAUCCCAUUGCUGGUGUGGAUCACUACGCUUCCCAAAAUUGACAGGAUUGAAGAGUCAGACCAAGGCCCUUACGCCAUCAUCCUGGCUCCCACGCGGGAGCUGGCUCAGCAGAUUGAGGAAGAGACCAUCAAGUUUGGGAAGCCACUAGGCAUCCGCACCGUGGCCGUCAUUGGCGGCAUCUCCAGAGAAGACCAGGGCUUCAGGCUGCGCAUGGGUUGUGAGAUUGUGAUCGCUACCCCGGGGCGUCUGAUUGAUGUGCUGGAAAAUCGCUACUUGGUGCUGAGCCGCUGUACCUAUGUGGUUCUGGAUGAGGCAGAUAGGAUGAUUGACAUGGGCUUUGAGCCGGACGUCCAGAAGAUCCUGGAGCACAUGCCUGUCAGCAACCAGAAGCCAGACACCGACGAGGCUGAGGACCCUGAAAAGAUGUUGGCUAACUUCGAGUCAGGAAAGCAUAAGUACCGACAAACGGUCAUGUUCACGGCCACCAUGCCCCCAGCGGUGGAACGUCUAGCCAGGAGCUAUCUUCGACGACCUGCUGUGGUGUACAUUGGCUCUGCGGGCAAGCCUCAUGAGCGUGUGGAGCAGAAGGUCUUCCUCAUGUCGGAGUCAGAGAAGAGGAAAAAGCUGCUGGCAAUCUUGGAACAAGGCUUUGAUCCACCCAUCAUUAUUUUUGUCAACCAGAAGAAGGGUUGCGAUGUCUUGGCUAAAUCCCUGGAGAAGAUGGGGUACAACGCGUGCACACUGCACGGUGGAAAAGGCCAGGAACAGCGAGAGUUCGCGCUGUCCAACCUCAAGGCAGGCGCCAAGGAUAUUCUGGUGGCUACGGAUGUGGCUGGCCGUGGUAUCGACAUCCAGGAUGUGUCCAUGGUUGUCAACUACGAUAUGGCCAAAAACAUUGAAGAUUAUAUCCACCGCAUCGGCCGCACAGGACGAGCGGGCAAGAGUGGUGUGGCCAUCACCUUCCUCACCAAAGAGGACUCUGCUGUGUUCUAUGAGCUAAAGCAAGCCAUCCUGGAGAGCCCGGUGUCCUCCUGUCCCCCAGAGCUAGCCAACCACCCAGACGCCCAGCACAAGCCAGGGACCAUCCUCACCAAGAAGCGCCGGGAGGAGACCAUCUUCGCCUGACGCAGCGCUCUCCCGAGGGCUUGAGGGCGAGCUGUGAUGCUGCCUGGCACCUGCGCCUCAAAACUCUCACGCCUCUCUUUCCAGGUUCUGUCUGGGGUUAUUGGGGCUGAGCACACAGCGAGUCCUCCUGGCCUUGGCCCUCAGGUCCGGAGGCUUGAGUGUGGGACAGGAAGACGCCGUAGGAGACAAGAGCAAAGCGCCGGAUUCUGGCCCUGUUCUGCCCUUUGGGUGUGGCAUUAAGAUUGUGCCAGGCUGUCAGCUCUUGCCAGGGAAUAGGUCAGCUGGUUGGCACUGCCCCUGGACUGAACAAACGCCUGGCUGCCCGGAUGGGGCCUGCUUCGGCAAGGCUUGGCGGCCUAAGAGUGCGCUGCACCAGCGUCGCCCUGGUUGACCCCAGGGAUUGGCACCGAGGAGCGCGGACCUUGGACUCUGUCGUUUUGACAGCUGUUUCCCUCUGGAGUAUAAAACAGGUUGAGCCUUUAGGAGAGUGCACAGCCCCACGCCAAAGGGUGCUGUGCACUCCAGGUGCCCCUACCCCAGGGAGUUUUUUAGCAGCUACGGGGACAGGGUGACUGGCUGUGUCCAUCUCUAAGUCACUGAGUGAAAUCUGUUUUCUAUUCUCUGAGAUGAGUUUGUAUGUUCUGAGAAUAAAUAACGAAUAUCGAGAUUGUA